AUGUCCGUUUUUGAUGGUGAUAUAGAGUUUAAAUCCGUUUACAUGAAUGAUUAUGUUAGAAAGAAUAAGCCUAAGAGUCCACGCCGGAAGGCCGUUGAUGACGACUGUCUAAUAGUGGGCGUCAGUCGAGAUGCUCUAAAAGCGAAAGACCAACCUCGCGAGAGUCCAGACGUGUUGUGUCCAAUCGACCAAGAAUACUACAAGAAAGCUGUGACGAGGUUUUCAGAAAAUUACCCGCGUCUGUCAAAAAAAUACAUGGCCGAAGACUUGGACCCUGUGCCGAUCGAACAUGAAAUACAAGAUUCAAAGAGGACUGAAUAUUUGAUUAAAUAUUGUUCUAGAGAGUUGCCAUUCAUGUCCGUGAAUUUGACACGUAGAGCCCGCGCUCUUCAGACACUGCGACUUCCUGACGAUAUUUACAUCCCCGACACGAGCCACCGCGGAUCUUACAGACCACCUAACCCCGAGAAGUACGCUGAACAUCCGUCGAAGAUGUCUAUGAAACCCCAGUUUGACGACUCCCUACAGAAGGAGCUUCGGCGGAUCUUACGUGUCAGAACUGGUGAUACCAGCUAUGAUGUAUGCCAUGGCCUGCUGGGCAAGGUGGUGCUGGAGAAGAACCCGUUUGGACCGCCGCGCGAAGAGCCGAAAUACGGCCGAUGGCGCAGUCCGCAUUAUUAUACUUAUUAUAUAUGA